AUGAACAGUAUUAUGGAUGGUAAAAAAAUGGCAAUGGAUCUGUCUACAGCGACCAUUGAUGUUGCACAACAUUCUGACCGAUCUACUUUGCAAUCAUUCAUUAAAAAAAUUAAAAAUCAUAAUUUGUUUGAAGUGAAAUUAAAAAUUGAUACAUCACCAACUGAUGAAACAGACAAAAUAAUUUGGACACUUGAUAUACCUGAUGAAUCACCGCCUCCUUCAUCGACCAACCUAUUCAAAUGUUUACGCAAUAGUGAUACUGAUUUUUUACCUGAUGAUAAUGCGCAAUUUACUAUCGUAAAAAGCAACAGCUUAAGCCGUUCAAAAUCACUUCGACCAGCGCUACGAACACCUUCCACUCAUACAUUAAGAAUGCGUAAAACGGUGCAUUUCGCAGAUUCAUUUGGUUUGGAUCUUGUACAUCAGAAUUAUUAUGAAGCAGAUGAUUUAUCUAUUGAGUUACAAAAAUUUGGUGCAACAUAUCCUUCAUUAUUUACCAAAAUUAUCAAAUCUUCACGAAAUGUUAUGCUAAGUUUUGUAAAAUUUCAACAACGCACUGAUAUGGAAAUUAAUUAUUUGACACGCAUUCAAUCAGUAUGCUUACAGCAUGUUAAAUUCGUCGAUAUGAAUAUCAUUGGCACUAUAAAUGUUCUCAAUAUAUCAUAUGAAAAGCAGAUUGGUGCAACAUGUGAAUUUUGCAUACGUUAUAUGGUCAAUGGUAUUAUGUACUGGGACAACAGCCAGGGAAACAAUUAUAUUGUCCAGGCGGUAGAAAAAAUUGCUACAAAGAUGAAACCGAUAGCAAACUUAUUUAAAUCAACGGAUAAUGCUCAUAGUUAA